CGAAACUAUGAACAUUCAUCAAACUCGGAUUGUCUAAUCACUCUCGAAUAAAAGGUAGAACCAUGGGUUAAAGCCCAAAGCCUUCGCUUGGGAAAACAAAGCCCAAGCCCAAGCCCAGCGCGACGCGCCUCGCUGUCAUUGGCAACCCAACAAACCCUACUGUAGACCACGCCGUAGCUGAUCUCUCUUCAAACUCCAAGCACCAGACCGUACUAUCCGGUACAAUCUCGAACCCUAAUCCCCCCCUUCUGAUUUCACUUCGAUCGAUCGUUGUUCGUCACGACGUCGGAGAAUGCCUCAGAGCUCAUCGUCGGCAAAAAAGCACGGGGCGGAGGAUCCGUCGGACGUUAGCGGGCCCACCCCGAAAUCACAGCGCACCAAAGUGGUGGUAAAAUCCGCAGAGGAGUCUGACAAGAAGAGCUUGAAGAAACAACUCAAAGAUGCCGAAAUCAGCAUUCCUAUAGUUUUUGGUAGCAUUGCUUUCUGGCUAGGGAAAAAGGCAAGCGAGUUUCAGUCUCAUAAAUGGACUGUUUAUGUUCGCGGUGCAACAAAUGAGGAUCUUGGUGUAGUAGUAAAGCGUGCUGUCUUCCAAUUACAUGCCAGUUUCAAUAAUCCAACAAGGGUAUUGGAGUCCCCACCAUUUGAGGUGUCCGAAUCCGGAUGGGGUGAAUUUGAAAUUGCCAUUACCCUUCACUUCCACAGCGAUAUUUGUGAGAAGCCGCUGCACUUGUUUCACCAUUUAAAGUUGUAUCCGGAGGAUGAAUCUGGUUCAUUGUCUACUAAAAAGCCGGUUGUUGUGGAAUCUUAUGACGAGAUUGUGCUUACCGAACCUUCAGAGGGUUUCUUUGCUCGCGUGCAAAAUCAUCCGGCUGUAAUUGUGCCUCGGUUACCUCCUGGUUUCAGUUUACCUCCUCCUGUACCAAAUGAAGAUAUAGAUAAGAGGAAGAGAGGUGACACUAAAGAUAAUCCAUUAAGCCAGUGGUUUUCAAAUUUCUCUGAAGCCGAUGAGCUAUUAAAGCUUGCAGCAGCUCGUCAGCAGGUGCAAGCCCAUAUUGCUAGACUUAGAAGGCAGUUGACUGUGAUUGACGGGCCGCAUCAACAGAUGAAAAGUUCCUCUGAUAUGUGAACGUGCAUUAUUCCUCCCAUAAGCUCAAUUUUACUUCUUAAAAUCACCUUAUGGCAGACUGCAUGUGUAUGUUUGUAACGUUGGAAGUGUAUUAUUACAAUGAGUCAUUUAUCCUGUGAGUCUGUAAUUGUUUCUUAGAUAUCUUCCUGUUGUUGUAAUUCGUAGCUGAUUGAUGUUUUAUUUUUAGGAAACAGGAGGAAGAAGUAUGUAAAACAAUAAUGCUUUUGUUUGUUGAAUGAAAUGUUUUUGUUGGGAAUAA